AUGACUGGGGUUAAGACUGUUAUCAUUGUUUCAUUAGCUGGUUCCAUCUCAUUUACAUUCUUGCUGUUAGCUUGUGCUCUACCUCAAUACAAUGCUUGGUGGCCAUUGUUCAUGAUGAUAUUUUAUGUAUUCGCACCAAUUCCUCUGUUGGCUGCUAAAAAGUGUCAGGAAAGUUCUAUUGGUGAUGUGUGCACAUUCCUAACCACAAUCGUUGUUGUGUCUGCUUAUGCAUUGCCUAUUUUAUUUGCUCGUGCACCUAAAAACCAUCCUCUUAUAUUCUGGGGAGCCUGUGGGCUAACACUGUCUGCAAAUACACUAAUGUUUGCAACAAUCUUCUGGCUAGUUUAUUUGGUCGUUAAGGAUACUGACUUUGAUGGUGGUUUCUGA